AUGAGUCAGAAUGAAGACAAAAUCGUCACAGGCGAGUCUGAAAUCAGGCUUAGCAUGUUCGACGAUGAUGAUAGAAUGUCAUACGACGAGUACCAAAGGGAAAUUAGGCCCAAUACUACUGAAAAUAUUGAACAAACCCAACAACAGGAGGAGGAUUGCGAUUGUGACUGUGGGUCAGAAUUUAUGGAGGACAUGCCCACAAACGAGACUUACUCAACCUCUGAUGGAAAUGAGAACAAUGAUGAACAAGCUAUCAAGUUUUUGACCGAAACUGGUAUGCUCGCUAAGUUUGAUGCCAGAGCAUACUUCGAUCUUAACUGAAGAGGAGAUGACAGUAACCUUGGUGACAUCGAUAUUGAAAGUCUUGACAAAAUUUCUGAGUACAAACUGAGAGAAGAUGGAUUUGACAAUUUCAGAAUUUUUGAAGAUCCUUUUGAAGAUGAAAGUUUUAAUCCAGCUGAUACUUUGCAAGAACAGCUCAAGAAGGAUCCUCUUCCAGAGAUUUGACUCCCUAAUGUUGAAAUUGAUCAAGCUCUUUGAAUUUUAUCUGAAUGUGAUAUUGUCAAGUCUGAAACCUAUUCAAAAAUGGAUAAAACCACUUGCAAAAUGUCAACUAUAGUUACAAACGAAGAAUCUGCUAAUAAGGCAGAAAAUAAAGAAGCAAAAGCUUCAAAGAAGAAGCUAACUGAGUUUGGAUACCUCCUCCAAAGAAAGGGCUUCAGGCUUAUGAGAAAAUACUACAAAGAAAAAUUUGAGGACUUCGCCAAGAGCUUCAACUACAAGAAAAGAGUCAAGAAAAUGUCACCUAAUGAGCUCAAUCAUAUCAUGUCAGAAUAUGCUCAAAAAGAGUUCUCCAGCAUUCUUCCUGUAAUUAAUGCAGAGGAAUUCGAAAAUCUAGUGGCAGUCUUGAAGUGAGUGGCUCUAUCCGACAGAUCCAAUAAGAAGGAGCCAAUGAUCCAAGGAAUCGAUUUCAACCCUUUUAAGGAUCUACUCGCAAAGUACACUCAAAAGAAAAUGAAGGUUUUCUUGAAGAAUUCCUCCAAUAGUUACUUAUAUACUCAUUUCUACCUGAUCAAUGGCAAGAGUGCUUGCUAUGAACAGGAGGAUGUUGACCAGGAGAACUUUAAUACCCAAAUGAAAAAGUUACUCGUGGAAUCAUCCAAUAACCUUUCGACUAGCAUCGGUCCGAUCUAUUCAGAAUUGCUUCAGAGCCACAAAGGCAUCUUUUAAAAAAUUA